UACACGUGCUACAGGGCUAUAAAAGCUUCUCUGUUACAAAACCAGCUUUGUUUCAUGUAAAAAAGAAAAGCCCACCCCACACAGCAGUCUUCCAGUGCUUUCAGUCAAGAAAAGACAUUAAACGAAACUGGGUUACUAAAAAUGGCAAAACACCACAUCACUCUUGUCAUUGCCAUAGUGCUGGCAGUGAUUUUCUACAGCAUCACCAUUGUGUUGUCUGCUCUGGCAGCGUUAGGAAAACAUCCAUUUUUGUCCACCACCGGGAACAUUUCAGAUGAGUUUGUGACCCAGAUCACGCCUUCAGGGUGGACUUUUACCAUCUGGUCCAUCAUUUACAUCUUUAUGGGUUUAGGGGUGCUGUAUGUCUUUGCAGGCAUCUUUAGGAAGAAUGCCUAUGGUUAUGUCUACUGCAGCCCUGCGGUUUUGCCACACGGGUUUUUUGUGACUUUUUGCUUAAAUCUGGGCGUCAAUAUUGGAUGGUUGCUCCUGUGGGACAGAAAGUACACACCUGCUGCGCUGGCUUUCCUCAUCCUAAUCGCUUUGACUAACUACGCUGUGAUAUUCUUCUCCUGCUAUGGUCUGCAUAACUAUGGAGCCUGGCUCAACAAAUACCACAAAACAGACCUGUUGCUGCAUCAUCUGCUGAUUCAGAAUGGCAUUGCCAUCUAUGCAACGUGGACAACUAUUGCCUCCCUGCUUAACCUGACUAUUGUGCUGACGUAUGAUGCAAGCGUGUCCCACACUGACGGCGCCACUCUUGCUCUUUCUGUUUUGUCCGUUGUGCUGAUAGCUUGGUUCAUCCUGGAAAACUCCAUUCUCGAAAAAUAUGUGAGAUUCAUCCUCAGCAUUUACCCCACUGUGAUUUGGGCGCUGACAGGGGUGUUCACCGAAAACUACAACACCGCAGCUCCUACCCGCAACAACAUCUUUAUCGCUGCCCUGCUGGGUGUAGCCUGUGCCCUGUGUGCCACUCGGAUAUGUUUGGUCAUUUGGAGGCAAAUGAAAAAGCCGCUUUACGAAGACGUAAACCCCGACAAAAUGUCUCCGAUGGAGAUUUUAGAGAAGCAGAAAAAGAUAUUUAAGUGAGAGAGCGAGGAAAAGAUUUGCAGUAUGAUUUCUAUAUGAUAUCUGUAUUGUAAAUGACUCCAGCCUCAGCUGAAUAUCAUCAAGCCUCAUAAAGUGAUAUAUAAAGCUGAAGGUUCACACCUGUCAAAAAUUAUGAACUGCAAUAAAGUGUGUAUUUCUGAUUUCACCACACAAACAUGAAACAUGUAGUUAUGCUUUUAUUUACUUUUCUUUCAUAAGCUGUAAAAAUAAACG